AUGAAUCUCAAGAAUGCCUUCGCCAUGACCAUGUUUUUGGUCGUGGUAAUUCUCCUGCCGAACCUCACCGUCGCAUCACGUGACCUGACGGCGGCCAGCGACGAAGAGGCCGUCCGCAGUGUCUGCAAGAAAAACUUAUUCCCCGAUGAAUGCGUUAAGAUAUUGAUGCCAUUCGCAGGAAGCUUCCGAGGCGACCUGGGAAAAAUGUGCGUCAAAAGCGUAGAACUAUCGGUGGCAAAAACGCAGGAGACAUUGGAAUACUUGAAGAAGGUCCAGAUUCCACCGGGAUCGGACAAGAAGCUGGGGUAUCUGUUGGGAGCAGGGAAGACGACGGUGGAAAACACCAUGGAUGAUCUGAAGGACACGGUGGAUACCAUAAAAAAGCUGGUGCCGAAGCCGAAUGUGCCGGAUGAACAGUUCAAAGAAUCUGUCCAAGCAUUGCAGAUGCAGUUCGUAUACAGCGCGACCGACUUAGAUGACAUCUUUGACGAGUUCCCGACGCCCGACAGUCCGACCAAGGCUGACAUCGUCGCUCACCUCACUGAUCUCAUACACUACUUCGGUGUUUCCGGUCGUUUACUCUAUAAUUACAUGGGCCCUUAA